AUAAGAGUUAAAGUUCACCGAGACAGCUAUAUUCUUCAUUCUGUCAACAUAACCUGGGACUCUUCAGUGUCAGCAUGUUAAUGCAUUACCAGCUAGUCAGUGUGUUACUGCUUAGCCUGCUCACACUAAUAGUGACUGGAGAUGGAGAUGGGUCUCUCUGCACAGGCACACCAUCAGAGGAAGUUAGCCUGCCUCCAAAUGUGAGAGCUCUGUUAGACUCCAUGCAUUAUGAUCAGACUGUGCUACCACCACACUGGGAGAGUGUGGAUCUGGAUGACAGUAAUAUCAAUAGAGAAGCAACUUCUUGGCUUGUGGAAGGGACUGACUGUAAUCGUCAGUUCAGAGUCUGUGGCUACACUGUCGGCCCUCAGGACAAUUGGCUGUUUACCAGGCACAUAAGCAGAUCAGUCAACAGCUAUCUGCUACCACAAGUCACUGUGAGGAUCGAUUACCAACUAAACGACUGUCCAAACACAGUGGAGGAAGGCAGUGAAACAUGCAGCAGCUUUUUGAACAUUAUGAAGUAUGAAACAUUGUUGGAAGAUCUUGAAGCUGCCAUCAAUACUAACAACUAUGACCAAGUCGUCAGUUUGGAAACAAAUGAGACAGGAAACAUUAAAACUGUGUUUGUAGAUAUCAGCUUUGAUUCUGAAGAUACUGGAUUUUAUCUGGCAAUUCGUGAUCCAGGUACAUGCAUUGUCAUAUCGCGACUAGUUGUUCUCUAUUAUAUAUGCCCUGCUGAGGUAGUGAAUUUAGAGAUACACCCGGAAACUGUUGCUCCUCUCAGCGACUUUAUUAUUAUUGACUCGACCUGUGCUGAGAAUGCAGUUCCAGUGGCACAUAAGAUGUCAUUGAAUUGCCUCGAGGGAGGUGUGUGGAUGGAGACAGGACACAGUGAGUGUGUGUGUGACAAUGGAUUCUAUCGGACAAAUGAUGGACAGAAUUGUUUGACAAGCUCACGAUCUCUUCCUAAUUGUCCCCCAGGGUUCUAUGUCAGUGAGGCUUAUGUGGAAUGUUUGUUAUGUCCCAACAAUAGUUAUAGUACAGUGCCAGAUUUGAGCGAGUGCCCGUGUAACCAUGGUUACUAUAGAGCUCCCCAGGAGGUGAACCUGCCAUGCACCUUACCCCCUUCCCCUCCACGCAACCUGACUAUAGUUGGGUCCACCAGUACAUCGGUCAGCCUCUCCUGGAUGGAGCCACUCUCAACUGGAGGUAGGGACAGGAGUGAGUUGAAGUACAGCCUCUGGUACAAGUACAUUUCAACUGGGGACAUAGUACACGCUGCCACUGUUACCACCACUACUGGACAAAUUAAUGGACUCAUAACUGGGGAGCAGUAUUAUCUGUUUGUGUCCGCUGAAACAAACCUCUCAAUAGUGGCUUUUAGUGAUUUCCUGAUAUUCGCCACUUCUCCGCACGACAUGAAAGUUCGAGUGGCUGCUUCAAUAGUUUCUGUAAUCACUAUAGCAGCUCUCAUUCUGAUAAUCUGUAAUAUAGCACUGUGGCGAAAAUGGAAAAUAAGAAAGUUGGAACGCAUCUAUACAAACGAAGAAGCAGUUAGUUCUUCACAAGAUGACCACGAACCAAUCUACGAUACUAUUGAUGACUUUCAACCAUCUCCAUCUUCAGUGACCGUGACUCUGCAAUCAUUGAACAGUAUUGAAAGUGUUGGACCUUUUGUAGACUCAACCAAUCCAUCGUACACUUGCAGUAGUGAUGAAGAUUUUGAACCGUUUGUGGAACCAUCAAAUCCAUCGUAUAAUGCAGACCUUGAUUCCCCAGCUUCACCAGACUCUGUUGUUUCUUACUACAAUAUUGAACAAUCUAUUAUCCACCCAUCUUACAUGUGCGACACUUUUGAUAGCACUGAAUCUAUUUCCGACCCAUCUCGUCCCUCCUAUAUGUACAACUCUCUACCAGACCCAAUCAUCACAGCCUGCCCUCAAGCACAAGUGGAGCAUGCACACAGAACUGACUGUAUUAUAGAAGAGACCCUGAACAACAGUGAUUGUGUUUAUCUUGUGAGCUAA